AUCGGGAACCUGCCGCGGGAGGCGACGGAGCAGGAGAUCCGCUCCCUGUUCGAGCAGUACGGGAAGGUGCUGGAGUGCGACAUCAUCAAGAACUACGGCUUCGUGCACAUCGAGGACAGGACGGCGGCCGAGGACGCCAUCCGCAACCUGCACCACCACAAGCUGCACGGCGUCUGCAUCAACGUGGAGGCCAGCAAGACCAAGGGCAAGGCCUCCACCAAGCUGCACGUGGGCAACAUCAGCCCCACCUGCACCAACCUGGAGCUGCGCGCCAAGUUCGAGGAGUACGGCCCCGUCAUCGAGUGCGACAUCGUCAAGGACUACGCCUUCGUGCACAUGGAGCGCGCGGAGGACGCGGUGGAGGCCAUCCGCGGCCUGGACAACACCGAGUUCCAGGGUGAGGGGCAGGACUGGGGGGACAGGAUGGACAGAAGGACAGGGGAAGUCAUACAUGGCUUGGACAACACCGAGUUCCAGGGUGAGGGGCAGGACUGGGGGGACAGGAUGGACAGAAGGACAGGGGAAGUCAUCUAUGGCUUGGACAACACCGAGCUCCAGGGUGAGGGACAGGAGGGAUAG